UUAAUUUUUCUUUGAAGUAAUCAUAUUCUUUCCAGAAAUAUUCAUUUUCCUUUUUAUUUCAGAACCAUUCUCAGAGAUGUGAAAAACUAGUUUCAUAUUCCGACACUGUAAAGAACAGCGAAAUUAUUUUUCCUACCUGAAAUAUUUAUAUUCCUACCAGAAAUAGUCAUAUUCUCACCAGAGAUUCAAAUUAGUUUAAAACCCAGUUAUCCAGUAAAGUGCUCGGAUUUGGUAUAUUACAUUAAAAAUUGGUUAGAAUAAUACUAUACGAUCACCUCUUUUCUUGUUUAGGGACUCAAACUUCCAUCAAAUUAUAUUGCAAGCCAAGGUUUGCUUUUAUUCUUGUUGUUUGAAACUUUCACAUAUUGUACAUCAGCACUAACUCACUCUCUGGUCUUAUUUCCACGCUGAAAUGCAUCUAAAAGAUCCUCCUUGUUCCCAUACAACAGACUUAAUACUCACGUAAAUCGUAACUGGUUAACUUGUUCCAUUUAGGACCAACUCCCCACACAACAAAUGACUUUUGGCAAAUGGUUUGGGAGCAAGAAGUUAGCAUUAUUGUGAUGCUGACUGGUUUGGAAGAGAAAGGAACGGUGAGUAACUCUCUUAUUCCUUCUGUAUGUCUUAUAGGCCCGCUGUAAUUGACGAAAGCUGUAGCGUGUAUACCUGUCCUCUGUUUAUACAGCUAAUUCAAGAAAAGUUGUCCAUUGAAAACCUUAAACUCUAAAUCUUAAAACUUAAAUUCUAAGCGUGCAAAGCAUAAUGGGAGUAUUAUUUAAUCAGUUUAGAAAUCAUAUAUGGUAAAUAUCUCCUUACGAGAAGAAUUCAUUCACAAAUAGCUGCAAUAUUCAACUACUAAGCUUGAAACUCGUGCUCCCAUUAAGCUUUGCGCUGAUUUUGUUUCGGAUAGACUUGUAUUCUUCCAAGCUGUCGGCUGGUAUUUGUUUUCUAAGUGUAAUCGUAUAAUUUGUAUACUCUUUUUUGUUUCGGACGUGAUUCACUCAGGGGUUUCCACUUUCCACUUUUACUUAAUUAAGUGAAGCGUACAUUAUUCAUUAGCCUUGUUAGUUCAGUAGUAAGUGAGCGAAUUCUGCUAAGCCGCGCACUUCUGUUUCUUUCCAAAAAUAAAUGAGAUUCAUUUCAGCUGCAUUCCACGCAACUAAUUAUCUAAUAUACGUUUACACCAUAGCAAACCAUGGCAGAAUUUAGGUAGAAUACUGUGAUUAGUAUGAUGAACGCCAUGUUUUGUCUCUACAGGUGAAAUGUUACCAGUACUGGCCUGUCAAUACUGAUGAGCAAAAAUAUGGUAAUCUCACACUCAAGCUAACUGGUGAAACGGUACUUGCUGAUUUCACAACACGAUAUUUUGAAAUGAAGGUAACAUGCUUUUCUUUUAUUGUACAAUGUAUGUGUUGUAAUAUUAUAUAAGUAUAGAGUAUAAUACAGGAAAAACUUUGGAAAAGUAGAAAAAUAGGGGGUUAAACUUCUCCAAACAUAAGGGUUAUUACAUAUUAAAUAUUCACAAUUCCAAGUGUUGUUGCUUUAAUUAAAAAGUUGUUGUACGUGGACUGGUGGAGGAAUAAAACGUCGACUGUUUUCUUUGUACAUAUCAAAUUCAGGGGCGGAUCUACCGGUGGGGAGCAGGAGGGAACGCACCCCCCCCCCCCCUAGUAGUGUCCAGCACCCAAGAAAACUCUCAUGGUAUUCCAUAUUUGAGUUGUGAAUACUAUUUUUUAAAUUGAAAGGAUUGAUUUUCGAAUACGCGGGAAAGUAUUCUAACACCAAUACUGACUGUCACCAUAUAACGUAGCGCUUUUCUUAAUUUUCCCCACACUACAAGUACUGUGAGGACAAAUUUAAAGAAUAAAUGUAGUGCGAAGAAUGGAGGAAAUAGCAUUUCGGGAUUUCAAAUUUCAAACAUUUUCUGAGCUAGGGACAAUGCCCACAGACCCCGCAUUAAUGUGCCCCGUCUGGAAAACCUCCACCCCCUCUAACAAAUAAGAUCAGAUCUGCCCCUGCUCAAAUUUUCCUCAGGUCAAAUUUUCCAUUUUUCUCUGGUCAAAUUUUCCAAUUUUAAGGCCCAUUUCCACUCAAGAAAAAUUUCCACGGACAGAAAAUUUUCCAAAAAUAUCAUUGUUAAAAGUUGAAAAUUGUCAACUUCAAAAUUUUUUUCCGACGGAAAAUUUGUGUCGGCCAAUCACACUUUACAAAAUUUUCUUUCUACGGAAAAUUUUCCUGAGUGGAAAUGGGCGUUUAGAUUUAAAAUGUCCCCGGAGCUAUCUAUUUAAAUUUUGUUUUGUCCCCAUGCAACCGAACGAGUAUUCGCCGCCCAUGGUAUAAUCAUGAGUACGAGUUUUGAGUUUUUAUACCUUAUUUUGUAUAAACUAUGUUCAAGCUCUUAUAUAAAAAAAACAGCAAAAGUUCUGUACUAAAGAUGCUAAUCGUCUUACUCUUAAGACAAUACGUGGAAUAAAACUUUUUGUCAUACGAUUCCAUUUCUCAUUUCGAGACUAUAGUCAUAUGAUUUAAGUCGUUGAUAAUACAAUAUGAUUGGUCAAUUUCCUUCCAGGAAGCAGAUACAGGUCAAAUCCGUCUUGUUCAACAUCUUCAUUUCACAGCCUGGCCUGAUCAUGGCGUGCCAAAAUACCCUGGCCCUCUUUUGCACUUCCAUAAACGUUAUAGAUCUGGUUUAUCAGGCCCAGAACCAGUGGUGGUCCACUGCAGGUUAGUUCUGGAAGAUUCGAAAUACUCUCAUUGAUUGGUCCUGAACAGUAGUGGACAUUUCGCGAAAUACUGGAAAUGUGAAUUUAGCUUGUGAACGUAUUUUUUGUUGUUGUUGCAAAUGUUACACCUCAAAAUUGAUUAGUUUCAAGCGUAUUAAUACAUUGCGUAUUAAUGUACAUUUCCCAAGGGCAAAUUGACUAAAUCUUGUUUAAUUUGGGUAAAAAUUGGGUGAGAAAUUGGCAAACGUUUGUUAUGCAUUGCCGGGCAAUUUGCCGGGUAAUUAAAUUAAUCUAUUGUAUAAUUUAUGCAUGGUACAUAUGUGACUUAAUUCGCUGUUGGAAGUAUGCUGUCUGAGUGCCCUCUUAUAGUUUCUAAAUGCAUUAAUUUGUAAGUAAAGCAAUAAAGUAAAUGCAUUUUAAAACAAAACAGCAAAACUAAUUAAAAAUUAUAAUUUAAUUUGUUAUUAAUAAGAUAUCUGCGAAUGGCUUUAAGUGGAAAGGAAUAAUUACAUUGGCAAUUUUUGUUUUCUUCGACCAUCAACCAAAUGUGUACCACACUAGUAAUAUGCAUUUCAAAUCAUGCAUUUCUUGUUUGUUUCGAGUAUAAAUGCCUAUAAAUGCCAUAUAAUAAACUUUUUAUUAACCUCACUUGCUCGGUCUUUACAGAGAAAUAUCGGACCUCAGUCUUUUUGUACAAACUCGCCCUACAGGCUCGGUCUGUACAAAAAAGACUUCAGUCCGAUAUUUCUCUGUAAAGACCACGCGCUCGGUUAAUAUAAAGAAGUUAGUAAUUGACAAAGUGAAAUAUGUGUCAUUAAUAUUUUAGUGCUGGAGUGGGACGCACAGGAACGUUCAUUGCUGUUGAUUACAUUCUGCAUAAGUUGGAUGAAGAAAGGAACAAUGAUCCUGCCAUUGAUAUUUUACAUUUUGUGAGAGAAAUGCGAGGUCAGAGGAUGUUUAUGGUUCAAACUGAAGUAAGUGGUUUCAUCUCGUUGAUUUGUUGUUGUUGUUGUUGUUGUUGUUGUUGUUGUUGUUGUUGUUGUUGUUGUUGUUGUUGUUGUUGUUGUUGUUGUUGUUGUUGUUGUUGUUGUUGUUGUUGUUGUCGUUGUCGUUGUCGUUGUUGUGGUCGUCAUAGUAGUUGUUGUUGCUGUUGUUGUUGUUGUUGCUGUUGCUGUUGCUGUUGUUGCUGCUGUUGCUGUUGCUGUUGUUGUUGCUGUUGCUGUUGUUGUUGCUGCUGUUGCUGUUGCUGUUGUUGUCGUUGUCGUUGUUGUCGUUGUUGUUGUUGUUGUUGUUGUUGUUGUUGUUGUUGUUGUUGUUGUUGUUGUUGUUGUUGUUGUUGUUGUUGUUGUUGUUGUUGUUGUUGUUGUUGUUGUUGUUGUUGUUGUUGUUGUUGUUGUUGUUGUUGUUGUUUUAUUGCUGUAGCUAUUUCUGUUGUUACAUAUAAAAUCGAUGAGUGAUUAUGCAAAUGAUUGCAUUUCAUCCUUCUUUAGGAGCAGUACAGGUUUAUCCAUCAUGCAAUCUUGGAAGCCGUAACUUUCCCAGAUACAGAAAUCUCUUCAACUGAUAUUCGUGUCCGAGCAGCCAUACUGAGGGAAACACUCCCUGGAUCUAACAAAACCAAGGGAAAAGAAGUGUUCGAGGUACUAGGCACUAUAUAGUUGCGCACAUUGUCGGGAAAAUGCAUCCUGCGACUAUGUAAACAGAUUUUGCUAGGAAAAAGAACGCAUGGUAAAGCCAAUGAUGAUAUUUUGGAGACAAAUACCUUCCUUGUAUGUAUGUAUGCAUGUAUGUAAAUUUGCUUGGUACUAAUUUUCGCUCAGUCCUACAUUCAUGCACGGGUCUGCGCGAAUUGUAAUACUGUGUAAUAAAAGAAAUAUAUCUAGGAUAAAAUACUAAAUAGCGUUUAUCUACUAUUUUUCUAGAACCAUCAAAAGCUGGAGUUAUUAACUCGGCGCAUACCUGCAUUGUUUCCUGAAAGUCAGGGGCGUAGAAAGCAUCGAAAGAUCGCGGGGGGCACCAGCUUCCAGGGGCAUUUUUGCAUAAUAAAAAGGGCACCUAAAACAUUUUUCCGGAAAUGUUGGCGACGGGGGUGGGGGCAGUUGCUAGUAUCCUACGCCCCUGCUGGAAUGGGAUGAUAAAGCUAUAAACGUUGUUUUAGGUAUUCAACAAUAUUUUAAUUCAUUUUAGAAUCUCGAAAAACGAAUUCUGCUUGAGGCUUGUGAAGAUGGAUCUUCCAACGAUAACCAGAAGAAGAACAGAUCAAAACUUCUUCCUUGUAAGUUGGCAAUAUUUGAGUGAAAUAUAGAUAUAAAAUAGAAUGUAUACAAGUUAAUAAGGUUUGCAUGGCAAGAAAUAUAAUUCAUUUGUUUUUGUGGAAAACACGAUUACUUAUCAAAAGGGAAAUAGGGAAAAAAUUCCCCCAUUUGGAAAAGGGAUUCAAUAAUAAUUACAAACUAUUUUACAAAUGUUCUGUUUCGUUUUUGGCUUUUUUGAUGUAAAAUAUAUUACCCAUCAUUUAAAAAAAUCGUUACGCAUUCCGCCAUCUUGGAUAUCGUCACAACCAGGAUAACAAUAUUUCAUUUGUAUCUUGAGCAAUUCUUAAGCCAUUUAUUUUAAUGAUAAAUUCUUUUUUCUUUACUAUUUCCUAUUUUAAAAUUAAAGCACAAGCUAUGUAUAUAAACUUUUCACUAAUAACAUUUUUUUGAAAUGACUACCCUAGUUAUGACGUCAUUUAAUUAGAUCUAUUUAUAAAACAAGAUGACGGGAUAUUUUGGUUCAAAUAUCUCAAAAACUAAGAUAGUCUGGGGGAAUACGUAAAAAGUACUUGCAAAUAAUCUUAACAUUCUUUCAAAUUAGGCAUAUAUAAUUUUUGUUGCUAUUUUCCUUUAAGUGGAAAAAAAACAUUCUAAUUCACCCUGGAACAAUUCAUCAGUACAAAUAGCAUGUUUCGCGAUUAAUUCAUUGUUGUUUCCCGCAAAAUAUUAGGCUAUGUGAUUUAACACAUUUUGUGAGAUAUGAGAUUAUCUCAUCAUUUUCAUCUUAUCGUUGAUGUAACUCCAGAUCGAAUAAAAGAAUGAAGAUUGAAAAAAAUUAUGAUUUUAUGUUUUUUAUCUGUAUUUCAGCUUGAAAGGAUAUCGUAAGCAACUAUAUAUAUAUUUUAUAUUGAUUUCGUGUUUGAUUUUCUUAAUAUAGUUGACUAUAGCCGUGUACAUCUGAAUGAAAUGGAAAACAGCACUGACUACAUCAAUGCUAGUUAUAUUUGUGUAAGUUUCGAAUAUACCAAUACCUUCUUUAAGUAAGAAGAAUAUACGAAAACUUUGAGUAAGUUUUUCUGGCCGUAAUUCCAUAAUAAAUAUUAAAGGAAGGCUCCUAUUUGCAUUUACCAAAUUUUGAUUAUUUGCUGUAAAAUUUAACAAGAAAAACAUUCAGAAAAGGAGCUUUGGUAAAAAUUUGUUUGGAAAUUUUCUUACUUUUCUUUAUUGAUUCAAAUUUUAAUGUUAUUUUACAUUUCCAGGGCUACCAAUACCCUGUAAACUUCAUCGCUACACAACAUCCAUUGCCGCACACUGUGAGUGAUUUUUGGAGGAUGGUGCAUGAGCAAAAAUCUGCCAUUAUUCUUGCUAUUUCCUCAAAAGAAGAGAUGGUAAGUCGUUUACUUAAAAUUACGUGUAUGAUCUCGUUUAUAACAUUCACCACUGUUCAUAUAUUUAUGUUAUGAAAUUCAUUUAGAUCAUUUACACACACUGCCAUAUAGCAUAUAUGAACACGUACAAUCUAUUUAAAUGUGCCAGGGCUAUCGAAUUAAAAUAUUAUUCUUGGUUUUUUAAAAAAUUGUGACUUGGAUUAUCUAUCAGAUCCCUCCUUAAUAACGCCCAUGGUAAUGUCAUGUGUAGACUAUAUAUACUAUAGACUAAAUAUCGAUUGCGAAUUGGGAUAUGUAAAAUGUUCGUUGGAAAACCAAUUCUGAUGGGUUUUCCACUUUUUAAACUGUUCACUGUUGUUGAACUUUUUCUUACAAUACGGUAAUCCCUGAGCAACAUGUAUCCAUAUUUACCCAUCUAAAUUGAGUUAAAUUGGAGAGUUGAGAUUUUGGAGAGUUAUUUUGAGCUACGCCCACCUUUCCUGCGAUCACACCCAAUUUCUUACAUCUUCCGAUGUUUUCUUGCAACUAACAUGAGAGACUUAAAAUUGAUAUACCUCUCUUUUAUCAAAACAUAUCAAAAUCAUGAGAGAGUAUAUAAUUGAAAAUGAAUAUAUAAAUCAAAAUUAUUUUUGCAUUCAGUCUUGCUGUAGACAGGAAAGGAGCAAACUCGAAACCUCUUCUUAUAGCCGGUUAUAGCCGCCAGUCACUAACAUUAGUAAAUAAGUUAUUAUAAAAUAAAGAAAAUAUAAUGGUAAAAAGUUUGAAAUCGUGACUUGCAUGAUCUCUGAAUUUAGCAAUGUUUAUUAUACGGAUAAAUCGUUUUUGAUGGACCAAUGUACGCAACUCCCAGCUCAAGAAUGCCAUGAUUAUUCUCUAGAAAAAUAAUACGUUUUACAUUCUUCACAUUCUACGCUUGUUUGUUUUCAAGGAUGAGUUUGGUUCAUACUGGCCGGAGGAAGGCUACGCUUCGUAUGGACCAAUCAAUGUGGGUUUUGAAGGAAAGAACGAAGAGUUUGCUGCGUCAGGAUUUAUUGUCAGGAACUUUAAACUGACAGAUACACGGGUAAUUUUACUUUUGCAUAUAGUGCAUAAAUGAAUAGACCUUUCCGGUAAUUACGUCACAACUACAUUGUUUUCAACUUAGGACCACCUUGAAUCACGCUUAAAUGGAAUGGAUUUCAAGUUUUUUUCUCACUGGCUAUGCGCAAAGAAGCAGAACAUCCUUCUUUAACACAUGUAUGAUAAAAAAAAUUUUGACCAGUAAAUGCGGGAAUAAGCUUUAACACGAAAACGAGGCUAAGGGACCCAAAGAGGCAAUGUCCCCUUAGCCUCGUUUUCGUGUAAACGCUUAUUCUAAUAUUUAUUGGCCAAAAUAAAAAAAUAUUUUUCAUGCAUGUGUUGUAGAAGGAUGUUCUGCUUCUUUGCGCGUAGCUAGUGAGAAAAAAACUUGAAAUCCAUUUCAUUUAAGGGGGUCCUAAGUUAAAAUGUAGCUGUGACGUAAUUACCGGAAAGGUCUAUUCAGAUUGAUUCAAAGAAAAUAUAAUUUCCUCAUUAAUUAUAGUACGAAAGGAACGUAGAAGCAAGUUUAUAAUACAUUUCACCCUAUUAUAUGAAAUAUCUGAGACGCCGUGUUAAACGUGUUUGAUCUCCCAGACGUUGGAUAGACGUUGAAAAAGGAUUGAAAAUGAAAAUUGGAUCGACGUUAAUCUUUUGACGUUGAAACAACGUUGAGAUUAGGUUGCCAAUGUCGUCGUUGAAUCCGCGUUGAAACAUCGUUGACAUUGCUUCACAAAUUGACAUCGUAUAAUCAACCAUGAAUGAACAUUGAUUCGACGUCUGUUAGCUGCUGUUGAACCAACGUUUGUAAAAACAACAUCAGAGCAACGCUGAUAUUAGGUUGUCGACGUCGUAACCUUUUUUCUGCCAAAUUUCUACGUUGAAACGAUGUCGUGUGCCCGUUCAUUCUUAUUUUAGUCGAAAAUAGGCGUAUAUUCAAUUUUGAUUGAAACAGGGCCGGCGUGCUUUUCAUCAUUUUAUGAACCGUACUUAAUUAACUGCACUUCCCAGGCUCUUCGAAUCCCGGGGCGAGUGACGUUCAUAGUUGCAAAAAUGGCGGUCUUUCUGAAUUAUAAUCAAUAUGCAUCUUCGGAAUUCUCGUAAUUAAACAGCUUUUUUAAAAGAAUAGUGUUGCGACCUGCCACGCUGUGCUACGUUGCAUUCGAUGUUGUUCACUUUGAAUGCAUUUUUAUUUUGUUUCCCUUUAUAUGUGAUACAAGCAGCCGUGUUGUCAAAUGAAAGUUGCACAUUUUAUUAUUAUCAUAAUUCAUGCGGUACGGCUCAUGGCAAGCACGGCUGUAUGAAUCAACCUGCGUUUCAGCCAUGAAACGCGUUUAAACCGGGUGAACUUUUUAAUUCAGCCAUGCUUAAUAUAAAUACAUUGCUUAAUAUUUGAUUCAGACGCUGUGCUUCUCGUGUGCUUAAUUCAAUUAAGUUCGGCUCAUAAAACGUACGUCGUGUAACCGGGCCUUUUUCCUAUUAUUCUACUGCGCUUAUGUUGUUCAUUUGACUAUUGCUUGUGCAUGACAACCUUAGUUGAAUGGGUGGCAGUGAUAUGCAGUGGCGUAGCCAGCCCGACAAUUUAGUCCCGCUAUGCAAAUUCAAAAUCAUUGUCAUUAUUCAUUUGGUUAGAAAUUGAUUAUUUUUACAGUCAAUGAACACGAAAAUAUUUGCAUAGCGGGACUAAAUCGUCGGGUUGGCUGCGCUACUGGUAAUAUGAGAGUAUAAUGCGGUAUAUUCAUUAUGACAGUGAAUAUAUUUUCAGUAAGAUAUUUUUAAAUAUUUGAAAGUUUUAAUUAAAUAAAUAUUAAAAGAUCUUUUACAGUAUCUAUCUAAUAGUAAUACAUGUUUUUAACUUUCUCACCGUUUUAAUUUUAGGAUAGCGUAGGGCGUUCCUUUGCGGUAACGCAUUUCAAUUUUGUCGAUUGGUCGCCUCAUAAUUUACCUACAGCGUCUUCGAUGAUCUGCCUAUUAGCUGAGGUUGAGAAAGCUCAGAGAAAGUCUCAAAAUACAUUGGUUACCGUACAUUGCAGGUUCGUUAUCUACUGUAUGUUAUACAAUAUAUUGCUCCAGAUAUAAAUAUACCGUCUGGGGAAUCAAAGCGAAGAAUGUUUUUCCUAUGUUUUUCUCGCGUGUUGGAAAAAGACAUUAUGUAAUAAGUAAGAGUGAAACUUACAAUCUGAUUGGCUAGUAGUAUACCCGCGCAGGAUCAGACAAUCCUGCACGGAAUAUUGCGAGCUUUUUAAAAUGUCGGAUAAUGAAAACAUUUAAACGUGUGAAUUUAACAGUAAACUGUACAUUAAACGAGAGACAACGUAACGAAAACGUUAAUACAGUUUUAAUAAAGUUAACUGUUGUUACAAGUAGCUUUUUUAUAUAAAACAACUACGAAAUGGUUUUCCGUGCAGGAUGGCAUCAUCCAUACGUUCCGUGGCUGCACGCGUCCAUGCAUGGACCCAGUUGAACAACAAUUAUCAAAUCUUGUUUGUCAAAAAGGUCUGGAUAGGGUUCGCCACGUAGCGACAACAAUGAACUGAAAUUAUUAACAGCGACUUCUUUCAGCUAACAACUGAUAUACAACCAUCUAUUUUAGUGACGGAGGGGGUCGCACAGGAACAUUCUGUGCUAUAGUAUCCUGCAUUGAACGGGUGAAACUUGAAAACAACAUCGACUUGCCCAUGACUCUCAGAAAUCUGCACGCUCAAAGAAAAGAUAUGAUACAAAACGAAGUGAGUAAUUUUACUUUAAUACAAUACCUUGUUGUACCUGGGUUUAACCAUAGUUAAUAGAAUGGAUGGUUUGGAAA